AUGCCUUAUGUUAUGUUUGUAGUUUCCCUUGAAAAUAUAGAUCUCUACAAAAGAGAUUCACGAGCAAUACUUUUGUAUGUUCAGAAUUCUGACGAUUUUCACAUAUAUUUCUCAUCUGCAGUACAGGCCACUCGGUUUUAUAAUCUAAUGUGUGAAAUGGUAGACAACGAAAAUCAAGUCACAGAUACUGAGGAACCUGAUGGCUGUUAUGAGUAUGAAUAUGAUGAUAAAAACCGCAAGAUAGUGCUCGGUCGAGGUUCAUUUGGUGUGGUUUAUGCUGCUCGAAACAAAAAUACUCAAGUUAGGAUAGCUGUGAAAGAAGUCCCUGAGAAGAAUUUAGAAGAAGUUCAACCACUCCAUGAAGAGAUAAAGUUACACUCCCAUCUGAGUCACAAAAAUAUUGUUAAAUACCUUGGUUCUGUUAGUGAAGAUGGUUUUUUUAAGAUUUUCAUGGAGCAAGUCCCUGGAGGCAGUCUGUCUCAGCUUUUGCGAUCCAAGUGGGGUCCUUUGAAAGAUGCUGAGCCAACCAUAGUUUUCUACACCAAACAAAUACUAGAGGGCUUGAAAUAUUUGCAUGACAAUAAAAUUGUUCACCGUGACAUUAAAGGUGACAAUGUCUUGGUGAAUACCUACAGUGGUGUCUUGAAGAUAUCUGACUUUGGGACAUCAAAACGGUUAGCAGGAAUCAAUCGCAAUGCAAAUACAUUAGCUGGCACAAUGCAAUAUAUGGCUCCAGAGGUGAUUGACAAAGGUGUGCGAGGUUAUGGUCCACCUGCAGAUGUAUGGUCCUUUGGUUGUACUGUUAUUGAAAUGGCUACUGGAAAACUGCCAUUUAAUGAGCUUGGUGUUCCACAAGCAGCCAUGUUCAAGGUUGGUUUCUAUAAAAUCCAUCCAGAAAUACCAGAAAGUAUGUCAGAUCAAGCAAAACUAUUCAUUGGGAGGUGCUUUGUAGCAGAUCCUGAGAAACGCGCCACCUGUGAUGAAUUACGUAAACACCAAUUCUUGGCGACAUCUAAGAAAAAAAAAUCAGCUUCGGAGAUUGACUAUAACCGCAGUACAUCAGUCUUGGGUAUAAGUAGGGUGAGGUCAUUAGAUUCUGCCCAUGAAGUCCCAAAUCAAAAAGGUUGGAACAAAGUAUCAACAAGAUUGUCUAGUCAAAAAACACCACCAUCUUCAAGUAAUGAGAACUUGCGAGAUAUUGAAACACCGGAGGAAUCAAGAUCAAAGAGUGUUGGGUUUCUCUGUAACCUUUCAAGUAAUAGUGUUCAACUACAUCGUUCUACCUCUUCAACAACAUCUGACCCUUUGCGGGAUGAUGCUCUGUGUUCACAAUAUCCACCUUCUCCAAAUAAUGCUACCAGCAGUUACUCUAGCAAAUUCUACCUACUACUCAAGGAUUCAGAACAGAGAGAAAAAUUAUUGAAUAUACUCAAUACAGAUCACAGAGAGAUCCUAGAAAAAUGGUAUGAAACUUUAAAGCAAGAGAAUCACAAUACAAAAUUGACUGAGAUACAUUUGGAAACCUUGUUAAGUGCAAUCCUAGAGAAUAUCCGAUGUACAGCUUCAAAUGAUCCUGUCGUGGAAAUAGCUGAGCUGAGAAAAGAGUUAGAACUUGAUUCAUCAACACUGAUAGAUAUUCAGCGUUCUUUUUGUCUGCUGCAGGAAAUUGUUACCACAAGACUAAAAUGUCACAAAAUACAGCCUCACUGGGUAUUUGCUUUUGACAAUUUUCUGCGAGAAGCUAUUACAUCUACAUCUCUCUUACUCUCACCGGGUUCUGCUUCAGCUGCUGAAAGUUUGUCAACUCAUGCCACUUCAAAAAAAUCUCCUUCCUGUAUUCUCCGCUCCACUUCUACUAAUGAAGCUGUACAACAGAUGAGAGAUGAAAUACAAAAGUUAUUGAAACAACUAUUGGAUACACUAAGUUCUUUGCACCAGACUUUCAUUGACUGGAAAAUGCAGCAAGAAAAACACAAUUCAGCCAACUCUGUUGGUAAACUUUUAUCUCCAUCAGUUGCUGUGGACCCACAACUUGUAAAAUGGCUUAAGCAAUGUCAGGUUGAUGAAGAUACCAUUAAACAUAUCACAUAUGAAGAAUAUUCUUAUAUCGAUUUUGUGGAAAUGGUUACUCUUGAAGAACUUCAUGGUUUAAAUAUUAAAAAAGGCAUAGUAUAUCGGAUAUGGCGGAGCCUUACAUUAUUACGAAAGGCUAAAAGAAAUAAUUCAUCCUCCCAUGGAGAAAACACCACUUCUGUCUGUGGAGCAGAAAACCUGGAUGUUGAUCACAAAUAUGAUGGAUCUUCUUGAUGAAUUUCUUGUUCAGUUUAAUACAUUAAUGGUUUCAACCUGUUAAUUUUAUUCAUGUCUUGAGAGUUAUUUGAAUGCUAUUUCAACUCAAUAUUAGCUUGCUGUGAUUAUGGGACAAUUUAAAUUGACAAAAGCAUAUGAAACAUUUUGAACUGAGAAAAGCACAUGAAUAUUUGCAUGAUUUAACCACUUCUUUAAUUCCCUUUUCAAUCACAAUUCUUUCUUCAAUAAAUCAUUUUCUUAUUUUAUUUCCACUUCAGUCAUUUCAUAGGUUAUCUUUUUAUAACCACUUCAAUGAUGGUAUCCUCAGAUUACAGUUUCAGUUGUCAUAAGACAUGUAAAUGGCAUUUAUAACAAGCACCAUUUUCCUUUUAACCUAUCAUUUAUCUUCCAAUCUCUCUUGGCCAGUGACCUCAAUAAUCCACUGUGAUAAAUAACAUUGCUACGCUCAACAGUUUGGUUUUUACCAAGCAGUUUUAUCUUUCUUUUACUUUCUUUUCCUUCGAGCAAAUGAAAUAAUAAUAAUAAAAAUAAUACUAAACAAAA